CCCACCUAGGGAGAGUUAGGAAGGGAUCAAGUAAACCCUUUGCUCAAAAGUUUCUGAUCUUUAAUUACUAUUCUCUGGUGGGCAAACCAUGAACAUCGCGCAGGGCUUCCAGAUACUUGUAGUUGUAGUUCUCCGGGCCGAAUCGCGCUGCUCGCCCAACUCUUAUUACAAAAACUGCUGGAUUCGGAGCUUCCCGGGAAUCCUGGUGGAUACCGACGCGUCUGGGAAGCGAGGGGCGCGUCUGCUGAGGACUUACCGGGAGGAGAGAGCGCUGAAAUGCAGCCGCAAUUGCUGCCUGGCGGUAAAUGCGUCCUGUAAUGUGGCCGUCUUUCAUUAUGACGCCUCUCAAGACAACUGUUACCACUUGCACUGUCCAACUUUGGAGAGCUGCAUCAUCAGCCAUAGCACUGAUGCUGUUCUCUACAACAUUACCAAAGGUGUGGAUCCUGAUCUCUUGGUGUUCGGCAAGCACUUCAACUCCAACAUCCGCGUGGGUCGCAUCAAUGCCUCUGAGCUGCUUCCAUUGGACAAACGCCAAUUCUUCCAUCCGCCUCCAGCUGCUGCCACUGUAAAACCGACCCCCAGCCGGAGAUUUUCAACAAUCACGCUGAAACCAUCAUCCAUCACAACAUUCCAAACAACCAUACAUACCCUUUCCACUACUAUUGUUCAUUACCGUACUCCGACUCCUCCUACUUUACGCUCUAUAACCAGCACCAACACCAAAGUUCCAAAGACUGAGACUCCGGUUAAAGAGCGAGACACGAACGACCCCAACACUCAAGUAUGGACUAAAAAACGAGACAUUAAUUAUCGGAGCACCAAAUCAUUGCAUAAAGAGCUAGGUACCAACAAUCCAAGCACCCAAACCUCAGUUAAAGAGAUUGACGCCAACAAUUUAAGCAAGCAAAUGGCGAUUAAAGAACAGGAAACUAGUCAUGCGAGAACCUUGUCUUCGGUUUAUGCACGGCAAACAUGGGCUAAAGACCGAGGCACCAACAAAUCAUUCACCCAAUUAUCGGUUAAAGAACGCGAUACCAACAAUCCGGGCACCCAGAUGUCGGUGAAAGAGCGAGGUUCAACUCCUGGCAGGGAAGACCCCCUGGCGGAUUUGGGGCAAGGGUAUCAGGGCCUGCCAGUCGUGCUGGUUGUCUGUGUUGCAGUACUCCUGGGCUGUUUUAUCUGGCUGCUUGCACGCUGGAGGACUAAGAGGAGGAGGAUGGAAUACUAUCAUACAUCUGGGAGAAGAGGGGCCAUGCAUCUGAUUAAGUACCAUCUGGUUGCAGAGGGUAACACCUGA